AUGUUCUGUUCUGCCACGCCCGAGGCGCGCCAUUACUGGACUUGGGCGUGGCAGAUGGCGCACCUGGAGAUCGGCGUGCUCAACUUCAUUGUUGCCAGGCUCUCGUCGACUGUUUCACCAGCCAAGACCAAUUCUCGCACCGGUGCCGUCUCUCUUGAGUCUUUUCUCGCCGUGUUGGGCUCAGUCUCGUCAGGCGUGUGGAUUUACAUGCUCCUAUCGGCUCCUCACUCCAUCUCGGAAACAUUUGCGCUCGAGAGCGGUGUGCACUCUGACUUCAUUUCGCACACCCGGUGGGCCCUCCAGGCCGACGAAGUGUUCGCCUUCGCCAGCUCUUUCCUCUGGCUUCUCUAUUCCCUGCUGGAUCUUGGAUUUGCUGGAAUCGAAGGAAAGAAAAUCAUCAUCCCGGUUGUCCUCUUUCCAAUUGUGGUCGCUUGUCUGGGACCUGGUUCCGCCUUCGCGCUGGAAUAA